GACGAUGUGGAAAUUGACUUGAACCCGGAUGAGCUGAUUGAAAGUGUCCGAAAAAAGAUUCAGGAGAAGAAAGGCCUGGACUGCUACAAGCUGAAGUACCAGGGCAAGAGUCUUAAAGAUGACGAGACACUUCGACAGCACAAGGUGGAAGAAGGCGACACAAUCUCCACAGAGCCUGAGUUCCAUGGCCAGUACUUGCCCAUGGGAGUGCAGCCGUCAAUGGAGAAAAGGAAAGCCGAGGAGGAGUUGGACAAGGUUGCAGAGCUGGCGCCAGAGGUCAAGAAGGCGGCGACUGUCGCCGCGGCCGAGAACAUCACGGAAGCCGAGGUCGCAUGGUGUGGCAUUCGUGCCGGUGCAUAUGGUGAGAAGGGCAUGCGACGACAGAUGGAGGACGAAACCGUGAUAUGUGCGUCGCUUUCUGAUCUGGUGCCGCAACUUCCCCAAGAGCGCAAUUUCGCGCUUUUUGGGCUGUUCGAUGGGCAUGGUGGCAAGCAGGUGGCGGAAUUUGUUCGGACUUAUUUAGCUCCAGAGCUGGCCAGUGCUUAUGCCAAUGAUGAGCCCAAGCAGGGUCCGAUCGCGGACAAAAGGCUCAUGAAGGUAACGGAGGCCGUGUUUCAGCGAAUGGAUGCGCGGAUUGCAACCGAGCUUGCAGGUGCUUAUGACGGAUGCACGGCAAACGUUGUGUUGGCAAACGCGGACAAAAUGAUUUCCAUCAACCUUGGCGAUAGCAUGGCCUAUCUGUGUCGUCGCAAGGACGUCGAUGACCAGGAGGACACUCUUUGCAUUCCGUUGCAGCAGCGGCAGCACAAGUGCUGGAUGAUGAAGGAGAAAGAGCGCAUCUUGAGGUCCGGCGGAGCUGUGGAGAACGGCCGCAUUAACGGCAUCCUCGAGGUUUCUCGUGCCUUCGGCGAUUUGACGCUGAAGAAGUUCGGAGUGCUCUGUACGCCUGAGUACAUGAAGUUCCAGAUGGACAGGGAGAAGGAUCGCUUCGUCAUUCUGGCUUGCGAUGGUUUUUGGAAUGCAUGGACAGCUGCAGAAGCGCUGGAGUACACCCACGGCCUUGUGACCAACGAAGAGGGUCGUGCUGAGCUCGAAGGAGAUUCAAUCGACAUUCGAGGUGUUUGCAAGGAGUUGGUUCAACAUGUUAUCGAAGAGAGGAAAGCUCAGGACAACGUGAGCGUCGUUGUCUUGCAUAUCAUGCCGCAGGCAGACUGA